UGCGGUUGCAAGUCUGGAGGAGCGUGAGGAGGAGCAAGGUUGAAGAGUGUUCCCGAAAUCGCAAUAUCUUAAAUUCUAUCUGCAACCACAAACCUUCUUGUUCGUAGUUGAUCUCAAAAAAUGGCGACGAAACUUCAUAUAUUCACAGGAUUGACCCCCGCGCCGUUUCAAUCUUCUUCCUCCUCCUCCUCCACUCUCUGCGUAGUGAAGAAGCCUCUCACUACUUCAUUUUUCGGCGCUGGAGGAGUGGAAGCUCUGAAACUGAGCGCGAUGAGGAUUCCGAAGCCUGUGCGUGGUGGCGGUGCUCUCGGAGCUCGCAUGAACCUCUUUGAUAGGUUCGCCAGAGUUGUGAAGUCAUACGCAAACGCUAUCAUAAGUUCGUUCGAAGAUCCGGAGAAAAUAUUGGAGCAAGCUGUGCUGGAAAUGAACGACGACUUGACGAAAAUGCGUCAAGCUACUGCGCAAGUAUUGGCAUCGCAAAAGCGGUUGGAAAAUAAAUACAAGGCGGCACAACAAGCUUCUGAGGAGUGGUAUCGUAAAGCACAACUCGCUCUUCAGAAAGGUGAAGAAGAUCUUGCUCGUGAAGCACUUAAGAGGCGUAAAUCUUAUGCGGAUAAUGCUAGUUCUUUGAAAGGUCAACUUGACCAACAAAAGACUGUUGUUGAGAAUCUUGUCUCUAAUACACGGCUUUUGGAGAGUAAGAUACAGGAGGCAAGGUCGAAGAAGGAUACCCUGAAAGCAAGAGCUCAAUCAGCAAAGACUGCAACCAAGGUGAGUGAGAUGCUGGGAAAUGUCAAUACUAGUAGUGCUCUUUCAGCCUUUGAAAAGAUGGAAGAGAAAGUGAUGGCAAUGGAGUCCCAAGCUGAAGCUCUUGGCCAGUUGACAACUGACGAUCUUGAAGGAAAGUUUGCAUUGCUCGAGAGCUCAUCAGUUGAUGACGAUCUCGCAAAUUUGAAGAAAGAAUUAUCUGGUGGUUCAAAGAAAGGUGACCUUCCUCCUGGAAGAAGUGGCACCACUAGCACCAACCCAUUUCGAGACUCUGAGAUUGAGUUGGAACUUGAUCAAUUGAGGCAAAGAGCAAAGGAAUUUUGAAGCAUGGAAUAUAUUUUUUUUGUUUCUUCAAAUUUAGCUUGAAUUUAGUUUCAGUACUUUUAGUGUCAACGUUGUACAGCUAAAAGGCCAAUCACGAUAUUGUUGACUACUGGCCAAAAGUUGGUUGGAAAAUUGAACAGAUUAACUGCAUACUCAUGAAGCUCAUGUUUUGAACACUCGUAAGUGUGAUGACGUUGGAAUAUACAUAUGAUUAACAGUCUUUUAUUUUUUU